GGUGGGGCUAAUUAAUAUAAAAAUGGAGGUUAUUGCUCCUAAUCAAUUGGAGGAUAAAUUGAUGCUAGGCAGUGGUGCCUUUGGUAGUGUGUAUAAGGCAAAAUGGCGUUCUAGACAAGUAGCAGUCAAGUAUUUCAAUUCAAAGACAAUAGGAGAUGAUCCUUCCUUUGAAAGAGAGAUUGAGGCUCUCACUCAUCUUCAAUCACUUAAACAUCCAAAUAUCAUUAGAAUGUUUGCCAGAGGAACUGAAGGCCCACAGACGUUUAUGGUCAUGGAAAUAGCUCUUUUCUCUCUUGAUAAAAUAAUACAUGAGCUUAAGAAGGAGUAUGAUUAUAAUUUUAAUCAUUUUAUGUCAUGGACGUUGCAGCUGGCCCUUGCUCUUGAAUGCUGCCAUCAUAACAGUAUCAUACACAGAGAUAUCAAGCCACCAAAUAUGCUCCUGUUUGAUGAUGGAAGAUGUUUGAAAAUCUGUGACUUUGGAACUGCUAAACUUCUUGAUGCAACAUCUGCUGACACAUUCAUUGGGACUCCUUAUUACCUGGCACCUGAAGUAAUAGAAGGUAAACAUUCAAACAAGUGUGAUGUGUACAGUUUUGCUGUUACUCUGUGGGAGAUGAUCACACGACACAAACCAACUCUUGAUCUCAAUCAGGAGGGACAGCCUCAUCCUUAUAAUGUCUUCCGUACAAUAGGCAAAGGAGCAAGGAUGCCCACUAUCAUAGGUAUACCAAAGUUUCUAUGGGAGCUAGUGACAAAGUGUUGGGCACAGCAACCGGUUGAUAGACUGUCCUUUGAUGAGAUAGUUAGGAAACUAAAGGGAGUACCUUACAAAUUUAAAAAUGAACCACUAUUAACUCGUCGAAGGAGUAAAACUGAAGUUGAGAAGCCACCACCAUCAUCAGACAUACAUCAGAUCAGAAGACCAGACUCUCAUCCUCCUAAUCAGAUGGUUGUUGCCUUUGAUCCUGACAGUUUUGAAGUUGUUGAUAAUUUUGAAAGUACAUCUGACGAUACGUUAGUAUCUAUUGAGCCAAAACAAGCCAAUCCUUCAUCUCAGUAUUAUAUUGAUGGACUUGAUCCUGAUCGACAACCAUACAUUCCAAUAGAAGGAAAUCAAGAAUCAUAUCAAGUAUACAUGCAAUACAAAUCAUAUGUAGAACAAAGGUUUAAGAUACUGUAUGAGAUGGGACAGUUAGAUCAAAAGAGGAUUGAGUUAGACAAUGAGCUUCAUGGUGAAGAAUUAAAAAGUACAAAAUCAACAACAUCUUUUCAUCGCUACAGUUCAAUACUACAAGAAAACCGGGAGCUAGAGGAGGAGCUUAAGAAGCUUAGAUCAUUAUGAUAGUAACUGGUUCUUAAUUAUUGUAUGUAAUGUUUUGUCCUGUCUCAAAAUUUUUAACAUUAAUUGAAUUAAUCUAAAUCAAUCAAGCUGAUUUACACUAUGCAA